AUGAGAAGGGAGUGGAUUGGAAAAUGGGAGAGUGAGGUAGCUAGGGUGGUCGCUAGGAACCCGGGGCGGGCCCUCGAACCGGCCGAUGCGACCGCGCGGUUCGACGCCUCUAUUAUGAACCGACACCGGUCGAGGGACCCAGCCUGGGAGCGAUCGAAGGCGAGGAGUACCCUCCUAGUGCAAGCGAGGACCGGGAAGAUUGGGCUUCGAGGGUUCCUCUUUACUAGGAGGGUCCCCGAGGUGGUAACGCCGGUAUGCCGCUGCGAUGACGUGGAGAAGGCUGCCAUAGUGGUGGGGUGGGUACUUGGGCUGGGGAGGCUGAACGAGUUCCGGCUGGCGGAGGAGCUGGAAAAUGAGGAGAACAACGAAGAGGCCGGCGGCGGGGCCGAAGCCGAGUAG